AUGGCAGAUGAUAACGUUACCAACGGCGAGUUUUACGACGACGCGCCGGUAGAUAUCGCCGUCGACGAAACCUCCGACGCCACGUCAUCAAAAACCUCAGCACUGAAAACGAAGAUACUCGCCCUCGAGCAAGAGAAAACUCAGCUUUUACACGAGAAUGACGUCAUCAAACAGCGAAUCGAGAAACUCAAAACAUCAAUCAACGAAUCUAACAACGAAAAAUCGGAAUUGCUUAAAAAGGUGGAGAAUAUCGAGCAAGAGAACAAAGGUUUAGUAUCAGUAGCUGCCAGAGCUGCUGAGCUGGAAGGUGAGGUGGCGAAGCUGCAACAUGAUCUUAUAACUGCUAUGAGUGAUCUAGAAAGUUCCAAUAAUGAGCUGUCAGGGGUAAAAUUGUCAUUAGAAGGGCUGAAGAGUAGUGAAAAUGAGAAGAAUGUGAAGAUUGAUGCUAUUGAGAGUGAAAAGAAUCUGUUAUUGUCGAAAUUGGAGAAGCUAGAGGUUUCUGGAAAUAAUCAGAAAGAAGUGGAAGUGAAGGAAGAAGAAAUUAAGGGACUAAAGAAGCAUAUUGAGGAACUUGAGGGUACUGUUGUGAAUAAUGAGGAAUGGGAAAAGGAGAAGAAAGAGCUUUAUAUGGUGAAAGAGGAAUUAGAAAAGAGAGUUAAGGAGAUGAUUGAGAAAGCUGGGGUGUUGGAAAAGAAAUUAGCUGAGAAAGAAAGGGUUAUUAGUGAAAAAAUUGUUGCUAGGGAUAUUAAUGGUAUUCCUGUUGGUGAUGAUAAAGUUGGGUUUUUUGGUGCUGAUGUGAAUUUGCCUGUGGUUGCUGCAUCAUCAGUUGUUGCAAUUGGAGUUGUUGGUGUUAUUUGGUAUCUUCGAUACGGACGAAAAGCGUAAACCCUUAUAGCCUGAUCUUUAAUAAGUUUAGUUUCUUUUGGUUUUGUGCUGAUCAAGUUAUGGAAUUUACAAUUUUGAUAGUGCUUUUGUUAUGUUGGGUUAUUAUUAGUUAACCUUUUGAUAUUACUCGAUAAUAGAUUACACUAUUAUUCAGCUAGUGGUGCCGAAAUAUGUUUUUGUUUGUUAUGCUGAAAUUAGCUCACUAUAUCCUUGUAUUAGUGCUUAUUUCUCAUUUCAAUGAGUUUGAUUACGAUGA